GGGAGUAUUUGUGGAUGCAUGCUAUUAGGGACGGGCCGGGCCGGGCCGGUCUCAUUUUGAUACUUUUCUAGUCGCACAGCACUCAGCCACUCCUCACAUCGGAAAUUCAAACAACCAACUUCUCCAAAAUUAUCACAUCACAGAUUCACAGUGAAGUUGUGAACUGAGUCACCAAAGUAAGAAGAAGAACCCAGAUUCAACGACGCAAUUAGUCUUCCCCACCUAAAACUUCCCCAAAAUGGCAGGUAAACGAAAUUCAAAUUCAAAUCGGUCUACACCGAGCAAAUGGUUGGCCCAAAGUCCGAGCAAAAGAUGGGGGGAGUUGUUUUUCCUGCUCUACACUCCCUUUUGGCUUACUCUUUGCCUUGGGAUUGUUGUCCCCUUCAAAUUAUAUGAGAAUUUUAAAGAGCUGGAGUACUUGCUUUUGGCUAUGAUUUCAGCUGUACCAUCAUUUGCCAUACCAAUGUUUUUUGUUGGGAAGGCUGAUGAAGGUACUCCCUUGAAGGAUCGUUAUUGGGUGAAGGCGAGUAUCUGGAUCAUAUGCUUCAGUUAUGUGGGUAAUUACUUUUGGACCCACUAUUUCUUCAAAGUGUUGGGAGCUUCAUAUACCUUCCCAUCAUGGAAGAUGAAUGAUGUACCACACACAACUUUCCUGCUGACUCAUGUUUGUUUUCUAUUCUACCACGUUGCUUCAAAUAUGACACUUCGAAGAUUACGCUAUGCUCUUGCUGAUGUUCCUGAGAAAAUACGGUGGAUAAUGGAGGGUGCAUGGAUUCUAGCCCUGUCAUAUUUUAUUGCAUACUUGGAGACUAUAGCAAUUGCAAAUUUUCCGUAUUAUGAAUUUGUAGACCGAGACGCAAUGUACAAAGUCGGAUGUUUGUUUUAUGCAAUUUACUUCAUCGUAAGCUUUCCCAUGUUUCUGAGAAUUGAUGAGAAACCUAGCGACAAGUGGGACUUAGCAAGGGUUGCUGUAGAUGCUCUGGGUGCAGCGAUGCUUGUCACGAUUAUAUUGGAUUUAUGGCGCAUUUUCUUGGGACCAAUAGUUCCACUUCCAGAAGAAAAGCUGUGUGCUCAAGCAGGGCUACCCUGGUUUGCAGAUCAUGUAUCAGCUUGAGAAUUUGAGAUUAUUCUAUCAUCGAAAACUAGUACCUAACAGGCAGAACAACGGUAGUAAGAAUACGAGCAGAAGAUACUUUUGUACCAAAAUUACCCAAUCUUGUAAAAACAAUUUUUCAACCUGUUUUCAUUUUUGUUUCCCUUGCUAGCCAAUAUGAAAGAAUACUGUAUUCUUGUAAGCAUUAAGGAAGCAGGCAGAAGAUCUCUAUGGUAAAAGCCAAGUGCUCAAGUGAUCUCUUGCCCGUGUAUUCUUAAUCACCUGCUGCAGCCGAAGAUGCGUGGGAGUGUUUCAUAUCAAAUAGCGUUUUAAGACUGUCAAUUUUUGUCGGAAUUUGCUUCUUUUUUCAAACACAUUUGACAUUCAAGCAAUCAAUCAUGGUUUCAUAACUUUCAAUAAAGUUUUUGUAUGGAGUAACUAUUGUACCAAAUAAUAAGCCACUGAUUAAAUAUUAA